AAUGGUUAAAAAUUGGUAAAAAGAAGCUAAAAAAUAAAAAAAUCCACCUCCUAUGCCUGAUUUUGGAGCAAAGAGAAUGAUACCUGCUCCUCCUGUUUAAAUUAAAUAAGAAUCAGGAAGAAUUUUAGAAUUAAAAAUGAGUAAUUUAUAAAUAUUAUUAAAGUUUAAAAAACCGAAUAAGGUGAUAAGCUUUUUAGAAUUGAUUACAGAGAAAAAUUAGCUUUAAGAAGAGAGGAAGUUGCACGUUUAAAAGCAGAAAUAGAAGCUUAAAAAUAAUUAGAAGAAUAAUAAGCUCAAUAACCUAUUAAAAAGAAAGAUGCAAAAAAAUAAGCUAAAAAACAACCUGAACCAGAUCAAAUAGAUUUAUCUGUCAAAUUAUAUGUUGAAGGUGAUUAUGAACCUUUAAUUGUUGAAACAAAGGAAGGUAUGGUCAGAAUUGAAAAUUUAGAAUAUCCUGAGGAUUUCCCUCCUGGAAAAUAUUUUUAUGGUAUUUAUUAACUUAUAUAAUUAGUUAUUUCUAAUAAAUCAACUAAUUCCAUAGGUGAUUUUGUUCCAAUAGAAAUUGAAGUCAUUAUUAAUCCAGAAGGAGGUUUAAAAUAAUAACCAAAGAAAAAAUGA